UGCCAUUAUGGAGGGUGAUAGAAGGGAAGGUAAGCAUAAACUUUCUACAGUUUUGCAGCCAAAGUUUGCUACAAUCAGUAACUAUAGUAGCGCCAUCUUGAAUGCGCUAGAAGUAUUCAAGAUAAACAACCCUGACAAUAAGCUUGGCAGUGUGAGCCCUGCGCAUCCUGUUACCAGUUCAACACUAGAGAAAUCAGAGCAAUCUGUGCCGUUUUCUACAAAGAAUAAAAUUGCAACUGUACUGACAUUGAUAGUCACUCUGAUCAAUGUUGUUGUUUAUUACACUAGGUGUCUUUCAGAGAUGAACUUUGGCAAGAUGAACAAUAGACAAUCUUCCGGAGACUCGUCAGUUCUAGCUGGAUGAGAUGGUAAGAGCAACCAACAAUUUUGAUCCUCAGCUUGUCAUUGGCAGCGGGGGAUAUGGCACAGUAUACAAAGGGUAUAUUGAUGGUGGAGAGACCACUGUAGCAGUUAAACAAUUGAAAUCAGGAUCCAGCCAGGGGGAGAAUGAGUUUUGGACCGAAAUCAAAAUGCUAUCUACGCACCACCAUGAGAACCUUCUAUCCCUAAUUGGUUACUGCAAUAAAGGUCAUGAGAUGUUAUUAGUUUAUGAUUAUAUGCCUCGAGGAUCACUUGCUGACCACCUCUACAACAUGGACAGAAGUAGCUCCUCUCUCUCUUUGGAACAGAGGCUCAGAAUUGCUAUAGGUGCUGCACAUGGACUGAAUUUCCUUCAUAGAUCUCAAAUAUGGGUUAUACAUCGUGAUGUCAAAAGCUCAAAUAUUCUAUUGGAUGAAAAUUGGGUGAGUAAGAUUUCAGAUUUUGGGUUGUCCAAAGUGGGACCUGGAAAUGAAUCAGCUACUCAUGUUAGUACACAAGUCAAAGGUACAUUUGGGUACCUCAAUCCAGAGUACUUCCUGACUAAUAGAUUGACAUGGAAAACUGAUGUGUAUGCUUUUGGAGUAGUACUAUUUAAAGUUCUCUCAGGUAGGUCGGCAGUCGAUAUGAGACUUCCUGAGGAACAACACGGACUUGUAGCAUGGGCCAAGCAAUGCAUCAGGGAAGGAGAAGUUAAUAAGCUUAUUGAUCAGAAUCUGGCCUGGACUCCAAUGUCUGUCUCCAGCUCUCCAGCUUAUCGUUAA